GUUCCCAGUUAGAAGUCUCUGUGGACUCACCAGGACUCAGACACCCCAGACCUGGAGGAUGCUGCUCACGGGGUCCCCAACCCUCCUCCUGCUGCUCUGGGGGGCCCUGGCCCUGACCCAGACCUGGGCGGGCCCCCACUCCCUGAGACAUUUCCUCACCGCUGAGUCCCGGCCCGGACAUCGCAAGCCCCGCUUCGUGGUCGUCAGCUACGUGGACGACACGCAGUUCGUGCGGUUCGACAGCGACGCCGCGAGCCCGAGGAUGGAGCCGCGGGCGCCGUGGAUGGAGCAGGAGGAGCCGGGCUACUGGGACGUGAACACGCGGAACGCCGAGGUCGCCGCACAGAGUUUCCGACUGAACCUGGACAUCCUGCGCGGCUACUACAACCAGAGCCGGGACGGUGAGCCACGGGGCCUGGGGCCGGUCACCACCCGCAUCCCCACGGCCGGACCGGGGUCGCCCUGA